AUGGGCAUGAGCAGUAUGGUGGCUGGUUCUGGUCUUCUACUUGCACCUCACAUCGUUAAACUGGGUGAUUACAUGAAAAUUCUCCCACUUCUCAUCAUGGGUCUCAUGGCGCUCACUGCGGGCACCUGCACAUUCUUUCUACCAGAAACUCUUGGCGCCCCACUUCCGAUGACAAUAGAAGACGCUGAAAACUUUGGAAAACGUCGCGGAUUGUUCACCUUCGCCCACGAACAACGAAAGAAACGAGGAAGCAGCACAACGUCAAUUGUUACCCCCUCCAGGAAGAAAGCCAACAGCGUUCCGUUGUAUAUUUCUGAUGUGGAGUAA